AACAGCUGGCUUUCUCACUCUUGACAUGUGGAUUGCGCUUUAGAGAAUUUUUAUUUUGGUUUUCAUUUAUUCUCACCCACCAAAUUAAUUAUUCUCAACGCAGAACACCGCGGAUUGCACUUCGCAGCAGAGAGCACCAGUCAGUUUAGUCGCAGCACACAACCGCUCAUUGCCUGAACGGACCAUGAAAACAACAAAUCUCGGCCUGUAUGCUUUUCGUUUAACCUUCAGUCAGGCGCCGCCGCUAUCUGCGCAGGCCUCGACGAACUGCAGCCAUGCGUACACCACAAACUCAUCCAGGUCCAACCGUGUGGUGACACGCUCAGCCACCAUGUUGGCGCUCUUCGGCAUCGCCCUCUCCUCGUUCAGCCUGAAGCAGCUGCUGGCCAAGAAGCACGGCAAGCACAAUGCUCUGCGCAAGCUGUAAGGUGGAGGAGCACCGCAAAUGCGCCGCGAUGCUGGGCUAAACAUCAGAAGCUAGGAUGGAGCGAUGAGCCCUGUCCUGCCGCCAUGUCCU